AUGGCUCCCAAAAAGCCAAGCAAGACAGGCAAGGAACUUGAGACCAAGAAGAAGAAAGGGAACAAGAAGGAUAUCGUCCCCGGCCUGAAGGCUGAGGAGACAUUGUCGAUAGAGGAGCUUCGAGAGUUCUACCAUGCCCAGAUUCAGGAUCUGGAGGAAAGGCUGGCCAAGUACCAGCGGAAGUGGGAUGAGCUGGCUGUGCAGGAGAAACUGUUCCGCCAGGAGUUUGAGCAACUGGCUAACAACAAGAAAGAGAUUGUGGCCUUCCUCAAGCGCACGCUCAACCAGAGGGUGGAUGAGAUCACCGACCUCAAUGAGCAGCUGCAGACCCUGCAGCUGGCCAAGGAGAUGGAGAAAGAUGCAUUUGAGGCCCAGCUAGCACAGGUGCGCCAUGAGUUCCAGGAGACCAAGGACCAACUCACCACGGAGAACAUCGUCCUAGUGGGGAAGCUGGCAGCCCUAGAGGAAUUCCGGCUGCAGAAAGAGGAGCUCAUGGUCAAGUUCGAGUCACUGGAGGACCAGCUACAAAAGCAGGAAGCAGAUUACAAGGACUACAUUUACAACCUGGAGAAGCAGUCAGUGCUGGACAAGGACAGGCUGAGGAAGGAGAUUAUUCAGCGCGUGAACCUGGUGGCUGCUGAUUUUCGGAAGAUGGCCACAAACCAGAUGUGGGAGACAACAAAGCGGGCCAUCCUGGAGAACAGCACUGUGACCAUGAAGCUGGCCAAGGUGUCCCAACAAGGUGUGCAGCUGCUGCACGAGAAUGAGCAGCUCCGGGACCACCAGGGCCAGCUGUGCCAAGAGGUGGGGGUGCUGGAGAGCACCCAGAAGGUCAUGGCCAGGAACAGCAAAAGCCAUCAGAAGAUCAUCCUCAUGCUAGCUGAGAAAUGCCGAGAACAGCAACAGGGCGUGAUGGAGGCCGAGCAGCUGCGCCUCAUGCUGGGCCACCUGGAGCAGAGCUUCCUGCAGCUGCAGAUAGACAACCAGGGGCUCAGGAACCAGAUAGAGGAGCUGACCCAGAAGGUGGAACAGCAGCAAGACGAGAUUGAGGAGCUAAAGCAGGAGUUGACUGAUGAGCAGAAGGUCCGAGCCAAUCUGGAGCUAGUCCUGUCCCAGGCAACCUCCUUCUUACAGGACAUUAUGCAGAUGAAAGCAGAAGAACAGGACAGUGACUUCAGCGUGAUCCUCCAGAUGCAGCGCAGAGAACUGCUACAGCAACUAUUAGCCCAGCUCAGCUGUGUGGUGCUCCAGAGACCCCACCUGUCUGUUUUUUCCCACAAGAAGAGGUGAGCAGGUGGUCCUGUGUGGCCUCAGGAAAGCUGUCCCAGCAACCAGCCGCCCAAGAUGACGUCUCUGAUGCAGCACCUGUCUGGCAUUACCUCCUACCAGCCAGGAGACCUAGGCCUGGUGCCUCGCCGCUCCCACAUUCCACCCAACCCCCAGGACCUCAGGCAGCUCUCCUAUGUCACCCGCAUGGGGACCUUCAAGACAAGCAGAUCUACUGAGGUUUACAUGCCUGCCUCUCUAAAAAGGUUCAAAAAGCUUAGUUUUCCUUAAAUGUUUC